AUGCAGACGACAACCAAACAUCCGCCAAGGAUAUCUACCUUUGUUUCAGAUGGUGAAGUUUGUCCAGAAGAAUUCUUAUUGUACCAAAAUAUUUGUCUGACUUUGCCUCAUCGGGAAAGCUUGGAUUGGCCGAACGCAGUGGGGAAAUGUCAGGAUAUUGGAGGUACACUUCCUAAAAUACACAAUGCUGGCAAACAAGAAAUUUUGGAAACAUUUAUCUCCAAUCACUAUAACGCCUCCGUCGAGAACAUUGACCUACCUAUUGAAUACAAAUAUCAUUACUUAGAUGACUUCUCCACAUUCAUAAGACAAGAGAAACACAUAACAUUUGAUGUCAUGGGAUGUAACGAUGCACACUUAAUCCUCUCUAAAAUCCGAAAUGAUACUGUGAGCUCGUACGAAAUUGUCUUUGGUGGCUGGAGCAAUACACAAUCCGUCAUAAGGACACACAAACAGGGAAAGGCAAUGUCCUCAGCGUUACACAGUCCACUAUCAUGCAACACCUCCAGACCAUUCUGGGUGAGUUGGGAAAACGGCAAAAUCAAGGCCGGGGAGGGAAAAGUCGUCAGUAAUGGCACAUUCAUGGAGUGGACAGAUCCGAAGCCACAUCCAGUUAACUUCAUCGGAAUUUCAUCUUGGACAACUGCAGAAACGCAUUGGAAAUUCAACAAAGCUCCAUAUAACUCAACAUUUUGGCUCAGUGGUACAGAUUUAGAUCACAGCAGGGAAUGGGUAUGGUUUCCGGAGAAAGGCUUUAUAGAUUAUACAAACUGGCUCCCAGAGGAACCUAAUUAUUCCUCCUCUCAUCGGCAUUGUAUUCAGAUGUCGCUCGACAGUGACUUCCGGUGGGCAACAGACAACUGCAUGCUGAAAAGAAAUUUUAUAUGCGAGUUAGAUACAAAUUCUAUAUCAAAGACUACCUUAUUUGGUUAAAAGUUAAAACGAUUAAAGAUAAUGUUAAUAACAAUUAAAUACAACUUUUCUUUACUUGUAUUUAAAUCUAGGACAACGAUCUUGGACUCUAUUGGAUAUAUGUACUUGUAGCACCGAGAGAAUCAAUAAUCUUGAUUCCAUUAAAUUGAGGAGAUAAUCUGA